CGGGCUCGCGCUCGUGGCACAGCCUCCGCCGCGGCCGCCUUGCCCGCUCCCCCGUCCCGCAGCCCGCUCCCGAGGGGCGCCCUCGCCGGGCACCGCCGCUGCAGUGUUGGUUACCGGCAAAACCAUCGGAGAUCCCCAUCCAUAUGCAGAAGCUGCAGAAGGCAAAGUAGAGUAGACGCCCGCGCGCUCACACACUCGCUCGCCCCGCACCACGCGGGCCGUGUAGACAGCUCCCCCUCCCCGCGCCGCCACCGCCUCCCCCCCUCGACUCGUGGGCCGUGCGGGCUCCAGCCCUGCUUGCAACGAAGACCCUCCCGCCCCGGCGCCCUCGCCCCGUCCUCGCCUCCCUCCGCCCCGGAGCGCGCACCCACCCGGGCGGCAAAGUUGUGACUACUUGGGCGCGGGUGGCUUGCGCCCCGCUCGACCCGCGCGUCGCGCCGGCAACUUCCCGCGGCCCGCCCCGGGCCCGCGCCUGCGGGGAUCCCGCGGGCCCCCAGCCUCCGGCCCCGGCGGCGCGCCGGGCAGCGCUUUUGUGGCCGCGGCGGCCGCGGUGGCAGCGAAGGCGGCGGUGGCGGCGGCGGCCGCUGCAGCCCCACACUCCGCCGCCAAACUGGAGGAGCGACGGAAGGCGGACCCCCGGAGGAUGGAGGAUGAAGCUGUCCUGGACAGAGGGGCUUCCUUCCUUAAGCAUGUGUGUGAUGAAGAAGAAGUAGAAGGCCACCAUACCAUCUAUAUUGGGGUCCAUGUGCCGAAGAGCUACAGGAGAAGGAGACGCCACAAGAGAAAGACAGGGCACAAAGAGAAGAAGGAAAAAGAAAGAAUCUCUGAGAACUACUCUGAUAAGUCAGAUGUGGAAAAUGCUGAUGAGUCCAGCAGCAGCAUCCUGAAACCCCUCAUCUCCCCGGCCGCCGAACGCAUCCGGUUCAUCCUGGGCGAGGAGGAUGACAGCCCGGCGCCCCCUCAGCUCUUCACCGAACUCGAUGAGCUGCUGGCCGUGGACGGGCAGGAGAUGGAGUGGAAGGAGACGGCCAGGUGGAUUAAGUUUGAAGAAAAAGUGGAACAGGGCGGGGAAAGAUGGAGCAAGCCGCACGUGGCCACGUUGUCCCUUCACAGCUUAUUCGAGCUGAGGACAUGUAUGGAGAAAGGCUCUAUCAUGCUUGACAGAGAGGCGUCUUCUCUCCCACAGUUGGUGGAGAUGAUUGUUGACCAUCAGAUUGAGACAGGCCUAUUGAAACCUGACCUUAAGGAUAAGGUGACCUACACUUUGCUCCGGAGGCACCGGCAUCAAACCAAGAAAUCUAACCUUCGAUCCCUGGCUGAUAUUGGGAAGACAGUCUCCAGUGCAAGUCGGAUGUUUACCAACCCUGAUAAUGGUAGCCCAGCCAUGACCCAUAGGAAUCUGACUUCCUCCAGUCUGAAUGACAUUUCUGAUAAACCGGAGAAGGACCAGCUGAAGAAUAAGUUCAUGAAAAAACUGCCACGUGAUGCAGAGGCCUCCAAUGUGCUUGUUGGGGAGGUUGACUUCUUGGAUACUCCUUUCAUUGCCUUUGUUCGGCUCCAGCAGGCGGUCAUGCUGGGCGCCCUGACUGAGGUCCCUGUGCCCACACGGUUCUUGUUCAUUCUCUUAGGUCCUAAGGGAAAAGCCAAGUCCUACCAUGAGAUUGGCAGAGCCAUCGCCACCUUGAUGUCUGAUGAGGUGUUCCAUGACAUUGCUUAUAAAGCAAAAGACAGGCAGGACCUGAUUGCUGGCAUCGAUGAGUUCCUAGAUGAAGUCAUUGUCCUUCCCCCUGGAGAAUGGGAUCCAGCAAUCAGGAUAGAGCCUCCCAAGAGUCUUCCAUCAUCUGACAAAAGAAAGAAUAUGUACUCAGGUGGAGAGAAUGUUCAGAUGAAUGGGGACACACCCCAUGAUGGAGGCCACGGAGGAGGAGGAGGGGGACACGCGGAUUGUGAAGAAUUGCAGCGAACUGGACGGUUCUGUGGUGGACUCAUUAAGGACAUAAAGAGGAAAGCACCAUUUUUCGCCAGUGAUUUUUAUGAUGCUUUAAAUAUUCAGGCGCUUUCAGCAAUUCUCUUCAUUUAUCUGGCAACUGUAACUAAUGCUAUCACUUUUGGAGGACUGCUUGGGGAUGCCACUGACAACAUGCAGGGCGUGUUGGAGAGCUUCCUGGGCACGGCUGUCUCUGGAGCCAUCUUUUGCCUGUUCGCCGGUCAGCCCCUCACGAUUUUGAGCAGCACGGGGCCUGUUCUAGUUUUUGAGAGGCUUCUAUUUAAUUUCAGCAAGGACCAUAAUUUUGACUACCUGGAGUUUCGCCUUUGGAUUGGCCUGUGGUCAGCCUUCUUGUGUCUCAUUUUGGUAGCCACAGAUGCCAGCUUCUUGGUUCAGUACUUCACUCGCUUCACCGAAGAGGGUUUCUCUUCUCUGAUUAGCUUCAUUUUUAUCUACGAUGCUUUCAAGAAGAUGAUCAAGCUAGCAGACUACUACCCCAUCAACUCCAACUUCAAAGUGGGCUACAAUACUCAGUUUUCCUGUGCCUGUAUGCCUCCUGACCCAGUUAAUAUCUCAAUAUCUAAUGACACUACAUUGGCCCCAGAGGAUUUGCCAACUGUUUCUUCUACUGACAUGUACCAUAAUGCUACCUUUGACUGGGCGUUUUUGUCAACGAAGAAGUGUUUGAAAUAUGGAGGAAAGCUCGUGGGGAACAACUGUGAUUUUGUUCCCGAUAUCACACUCAUGUCUUUCAUCCUCUUCUUGGGCACCUACACCUCUUCUAUGGCUCUGAAAAAAUUCAAAACUAGCCGUUAUUUUCCAACCACGGCAAGAAAACUGAUCAGUGACUUUGCCAUUAUCCUGUCCAUUCUCAUCUUUUGUGUAAUAGAUGCCCUGGUAGGUGUGGAUACUCCAAAACUAAUUGUGCCAAACGAAUUCAAGCCAACAAGUCCAAACCGAGGUUGGUUUGUUCCACCAUUCGGAGGAAACCCCUGGUGGGUGUACCUUGCAGCUGCUAUUCCUGCUUUGUUGGUCACCAUUCUGAUUUUCAUGGACCAGCAAAUCACAGCUGUGAUUGUGAACAGGAAAGAACACAAACUCAAGAAGGGAGCUGGAUACCACCUGGAUCUCUUCUGGGUGGCCAUCCUCAUGGUGGUGUGCUCUUUCAUGGCUCUUCCAUGGUAUGUGGCUGCGACUGUCAUCUCCAUCGCUCACAUCGACAGUUUGAAGAUGGAGACAGAGACUUCUGCCCCUGGAGAACAACCAAAGUUUCUAGGUGUGAGGGAACAAAGAGUCACUGGAACCCUCGUGUUUAUUCUGACUGGUCUGUCAGUCUUUAUGGCUCCCAUCUUGAAGUUUAUUCCCAUGCCUGUUCUCUAUGGCGUGUUCCUGUAUAUGGGGGUAGCAUCCCUUAAUGGUGUGCAGUUCAUGGAUCGUCUGAAGCUGCUGCUGAUGCCCCUAAAGCACCAGCCAGACUUUAUCUACCUGCGCCACGUCCCCCUGCGCAGAGUCCACCUGUUCACCUUUCUGCAGGUGCUGUGUCUAGCUCUGCUCUGGAUCCUCAAGUCCACCGUGGCUGCUAUCAUCUUCCCAGUCAUGAUCUUGGCACUUGUAGCUGUCAGAAAAGGCAUGGACUACCUCUUCUCCCAACAUGACCUCAGCUUCCUCGAUGAUGUCAUUCCAGAAAAGGACAAGAAAAAGAAGGAAGAUGAGAAGAAAAAGAAAAAGAAGAAGGGAAGUCUGGACAGUGACAAUGAUGAUGAGAAAGAUCACCAACAUUCCUUGAACGCCACACAUCAUGCUGAUAAAAUUCCUUUCCUUCAGUCACUCGGUAUGCCAAGUCCUCCUAGAACUCCAGUAAAAGUUGUGCCUCAAAUUAGGAUAGAACUUGAGCCUGAAGACAAUGAUUAUUUCUGGAGGAGCAAGGGAACAGAAACUACAUUGUAACCUGUUUGUCUUUCUUAAAACUGACAGUUUUUGUUGUUAAUGUUCUUGGGUUUUGUCUAGUUGUUUAUUUUUUAAUUUUUGUUUUGUUUUGGGUUUUGGUCAUUGGCCAAAUAAUAUAGCACUCACUCUGCUUCUCUCUUGCAUAGGUAAAAUCAAGACAAUAGUUCACCGUUCCUUAAAAACAUCUGAAGACUCCCCUUUUCUUUUCAUAUUUUCAGAUGUGUCCUCUGACAACCAGAUUCCUUUGUCACUCAAGACACGCACAGACCCUGUCCUUUCCCUUUAUUAAGCAGAGGGCAAAAGCAUUAACAAUUUUGUAACACCUUUGAUUAAAAUAUUGAAGGAACUUACAACUUUAGCUUUGGAGCUGUGCUUACUGGCUUGUGUGCCUGUCUGGUAGAAGAAACCCUGACCUCCAGGCAGAGUCCUUCCUUGCUUUUAGAGCUCUCCAGGACUGGAAAAAAAAGUGCUGCUAUAUGCUAACUUGCUCUUGCUUGUCAGCCCUAAUCUUAGAGUUAUCAAAA